GCAGGCAAGUUUUUUUUUUUUUUGAAGGUAGUCUAGAAUAUCAAACACUCAUUCUAUAUUUCCCUUUGUGUAGUGACGGUAAGGAUGUCUGCAUUGGUGGCAUUGACCUGGGCCAGGUGGUCACAGCAGCCGUCAGUGUUUUAUCCCUGAUCCCCCCUUGUCGGAUGGAACACUACCUUGGCCACCGACAGGGAAGUACCGAACUCUCAAUAUCAAGCAAAAGGCCUUGAUGCAGCCUCAGUUCAAGUACCGCAGAGCUAUCGAAGGGCGCAAGACCGACGAGAUCCAUGAUGCCGAGAAUUCACUAUUGCCGAGAAGAGGUGUUCCUGAUGAGGACGCUCGGUUGUCCUUGAACUCAAUGGAUAAAAACAGACAGGUGUUGAACGAGCACUACAACCAAUCGUUCCGGCAUCGUCGCGACACUUGGGAUCUGAAAAAAGCGAGGGGUGCGGUGGACCGAAUCGCUAUCGAGGCUAUUCUCAAAUUGGUGCUGUGGAUUGUGGGUCUCGGCAAGUUCGGCACCUCGUCCGGGUUGACUUCGCUGCACGGCACAUUCAGCGCCAAGUUGAUUUCAGCGUUCAGGACCAGGGGUCAUGCGGUGGUCGGUAUCAACGAAUACUACGCGUCGCAAAAGUGCCCGUUCAAUAGCCCUGUUGGUCCAAGUAGAAAAUGCGACCAUGGGUUUGUUGGACGGGUGAAUAUGCCCUGCCAGACGCCUUUCCUCCGCGACAGCAUGGCUGCACAAAACAUGGUGCGAGCUGCCCAGUAUAGGCUUUUCAAGGGUAUACGACCUGCUGAACUUCAGCCUUUGGACUCCAACGGCCAGCCGAUAUGGUCCUAG